AUGGCAGAAGCACCAGCAACCCCCAUCACCCCCGCCCCAAAAGCUAAGAAAUCUACCAAGAAGAAGGCAGUUCCCUGGGACCGCGAUGGUGACAAUGGCGGAGACAGUAGCAUGGAUAUUGUCCUUGACUGGCUCUCAUCUGGUUCUAACUACCAACAAUGGAGGGGUGAUCUCGAGGAAGGAAAGACAAAGAAGUCUUUGUGCUCUGAGAUACUCGAAAUCAUGGUUGCAAGUGGGAUCACCCACCGAGAUGUUAAGGGCAAAUACCCCUCCCCCCAAAAAAAUUGA